AUGUCCUUCCCGCACUUCGGACACCCAUACAGUGGCGCUUCCCAGUUUCUUGUGUCUGCAAGUUCCAGUGCCACUUGCUGUGAAUCCGCUCCGCACUCCAUGUCUGAUGGGACCUCAGGCUCCACACCGCCAGCCCCAACUCUCUGCUGUGCACCCUAUGACAAUCGGCUGCUGGGCACUGCACGGCCAGAACUGGGUGCUGCCUUGGGCAUCUACGGAACCCCUUAUGCUGCUGCAGCAGCUGCACAGUCCUACCCUGGCUACCUCCCCUAUGGUCCAGAGCCGCCUGCACUCUAUGGAGCACUGAAUCCGCAGUAUGAAUUUAAGGAGGCUGCAGGGAGCUUCACACCUGGCCUGGCACAACCAGGAGCCUAUUAUCCUUAUGAGCAGACCCUAGGGCAGUACCAGUAUGACCGCUAUGGCACCGUCGAAUUGAGUAGCACUGGGCGCAGGAAGAACGCCACCCGGGAGACCACCAGCACGCUCAAGGCCUGGCUCAACGAGCACCGCAAGAACCCCUACCCGACCAAGGGCGAGAAGAUCAUGCUGGCCAUCAUCACCAAGAUGACCCUCACCCAGGUGUCCACCUGGUUCGCCAACGCGCGCCGGCGCCUCAAGAAGGAGAACAAGAUGACGUGGGCGCCCAAGAACAAAGGAGGGGAGGAGAAGAAGGCAGAGGGCGGAGCCGAGGAGUCUCUGGACUGCUUCAAAAGAGACACCAAAGAUCUUACCGUCCGCCAGGAGAACCAAGAGCUGAGGCUGAGUGACCUAGAAGACCUGGAGGAAGAGGAGGAAGAAGCCGAUGAAGAAGAGGCGGUGGCUGCAGCAGCCGACAGGCUGGCGGGGUUUCCUACGGACGUACAGUUGCUGCCUGCGCCGGAUGACCGCUUGCAGCGCAGGCAGUGCGGCUUGGUGGCGCCUCGUUUCUCCUUCAGUGAACCCCCUGGGUCGGGAGAAGUUCACUUCGUCACGACCGAGCCAGGGGGCCCCACGUUGACCACGCAUUACCCCCGAGGCGAGAAACCGCGCAUCUGGUCUCUGGCUCACACUGCAGCUGCCGGUGCUCUGGAAGGCGCACCUGCACCCCGGCCCGCGCCACGAAGCCCUGAGUGUCACAUGAUCCCGGGACAGCCUCCUCGCUCCUCCAGGCAAUCCGCGAUUCCCACAGACUCCAUAGGCGAGCAAUCUGCCCGCAUAGCCAAAGCCUUUGGAAACCCGGCGUUUGCCCUGCAGGGGCUGCCGCUGAACUGUGCGCCCUGCCCGCGGCGGAGGGAGCCUGCAGUGCAGUGCCCGUACCCAGCCAGCGCGGAAGCGCGGCUUCAGCAAGGGUCCUGCGCGCAUCUCCCGGCCACGAGGCGGUCGGACAGUGCGGCCCGGGGCUGUGCGGAGUCGCGGCUGGGGUCGGCGGGGCCAGGGGAAGGCAGCCCUGGCGUGCGCCUGCUGCAGCGAGCCUGCUGCGCAGGGCCCCGCAAGCCCCACUGCGGGAAGAUCGGAGCGAGAAGGGUCUGCGUCCUAGACAGAUUUCCCGACUUCGGGGGCGUCGCGGAAGGUUAG